UGGUUCUUUGGUUGUCUUCCCAGUUUCCCAUAUUCCCUCCCUUGUUUGUCGUCCCAUCUUGCAGGAAGACGCGAGUCAGUUCGGGUCUCUUUCUCUUAUUUUUUUAAUCUUUGUGAAGUUUUAUACAGUUCAAAAUGAAAAUCAGGAAGAAGGUCAGAGAAUUCCGAGUUAUUGGCCGUAAAAUGCCAAAGAACUUGAAGGAACAAACACCCUUAUACAGAAUGAGGAUAUUUGCCCCCAACAGAAUCAUAGCCAAAUCCAGGUUUUGGUAUUUCCUCCGUCAGUUGCGCAAAUUCAAGAAAUCGACAGGAGAAAUCGUUCAAGUUAAAGAAAUCUUUGAAAAGGACCCUACGACAGUCAAGAACAUCGGUAUUUGGCUGCGAUAUGACCACAGGAAUGGUACCUCAAACAUGUACAGGGAGUACAGAGCACUCAGUACAUGCAGUGCUGUUGGAAAAAUGUACAGAGAAAUGGCCUCCAAACACAAAGCUCGCGUUCACAGUAUCCAGAUCAUCCGGAUUGCCACCAUCAAAGAAGACGAUGUACGCAGACCCUACAUCAAACAAUGGCUGCAACCCAACAUCAAGUUCCCACUUGUUCACCGUAUCGUACAGAAGAGGAAGCUUGGAUUAUUCACGCUUCGAAAGAACAUCAACACUGUUUACAGAUAAAUGUUAUCUUGACCUGUUUUUAAUAAAAUUUAA